AGCCGGGCUCCGCGGAUCCGCUCCCCAAGCUCCGGGUCUCGGAGCAGAGAAACGCUCCGAGUUUCGGGGUCCUCCCUGCGCCUGGCGCCCAGAACUUCCCGGAGCGCGGCCCAGACCGGGGUAGAGGGGGAGGGGACCAAGCGUCCUGGCCGCGGGAAGGCGGGAUGCCAGAGCUGCGAAGUGCUACGCGCCGCUGAGCCGGGAACCGAGGAGCCGCCGGCCGCACGACUGUCUGCAGGCGCCUAGCACCAUGCACCCCCGGCGCCGCGCGCUCCUGCAGCUUCGCCGCGUCCCCCCGGAACGGCACUGAGCGCCUCCAACCGUCUACCGGACCCGGACCUGCGUCGCCGCGCUUCUCAGGGAGCCCCGGCCGCGGUGCCGGAGCGAACACCCGCCUUUACCAGCCGCGGGGCCGCCGGCAUGGAUGGAUGAGGACGCCCAUGCCAGAAGUGCGCGGAACUCGGACAAACUUUUCCAGCGGCCCCGCGGCCGCCACCCGAGCCUCGUCUCCGCUCCGCACCGCGUCCGGCGGCCGCUGCUGCCCGCGAUGCUAGCCGCGCUGCUGGGCGGCGCCGGGGCCCGCACGGGGACCUUGCCGGGCGCCUUGCUGUGCCUGAUGGCGCUGCUGCAGCUGCUGUGCUCGGCACCGCGGGGCUCGGGGCUAGCGCACGGCCGCCGCCUCAUCUGCUGGCAGGCGCUGCUGCAGUGUCAGGGCGAGCCCGACUGCAGCUACGCCUACAGCCAGUACGCCGAGGCUUGUGCGCCGGUGCUAGCGCAGCGCGGCGGGGCUGAUGCUCCGGGGCCCGCCGGCGCCUUCCCCGCCUCGGCCGCGUCCUCGCCGCGCUGGCGCUGCCCGAGCCACUGCAUCUCGGCGCUUAUCCAGCUCAACCACACGCGCCGCGGGCCCGCGCUGGAGGACUGCGACUGCGCGCAGGACGAACACUGCAGGUCCACCAAGCGCGCCAUCGAGCCCUGUCUGCCGCGCACCAGCAGCGUGGGCCCGGGCGCGGGAGCGGGCUCGGUCAUGGGCUGCACUGAGGCCCGGCGGCGCUGCGACCGGGACAGCCGCUGCAACCUGGCGCUCAGCCGCUACCUGGCCUACUGCGGCAAGCUUUUCAACGGGCUGCGCUGCACAGACGAGUGCCGCGCGGUCAUCGAGGACAUGCUGGCCGUGCCCAAGGCGGCGCUGCUCAACGACUGCGUGUGCGAUGGGCUGGAGCGGCCCAUCUGCGAAUCGGUCAAAGAGAACAUGGCCCGCCUGUGCUUCGGCCCAGAUGCGAGCAACGGUCCGGGCAGCAGCGGCUCGGACGGGGGCCUGGACGACUACUACGACGAAGAAUAUGACGACGAGCAGCGCGCUGGGGCCGCGGGCGGCGAGCAACCCCUGGACGACGACGACGGCCUUGCGCGCCCGGGCGGCGGCGCUGCUGCGGCGGGCGGCCGCGGAGACUUGCCCCACGGUCCCGGGCGCAGGAGCAGCAGCAGCGGCAGUGGAGGCCACUGGGCGAAUCGAAGCGCCUGGACCCCGUUUGCCUGUUUGCUGCUGCUGUUGCUCCUGCUGCUCGGGUCACACUUGUAGCUCCUGCGCCCCUGCUGCAGGCUGCUCCAGGCCGGUAUGCACGACCCAGCUGGUUCCCGAGCAGGGCACCUGUGGCUCGGAGACCGGAGAUGGUCGGGAACACUGACCCACACUCUUCCUGGGUGGACAGGGCCCAGCUCGUACCGCAGCCAACAUGUUCGGCCCUCUUCUGUGCGGUUUUCCAGGCUGCAGAGAUAACCGGCUGAUCUAUACUGCCAGCUCUAAUCUGCAGAAUUCGGGACACCCUGCAAAAGCAAAGGAGGCCUAGACUCAGAGUGCUGAACGGUGGGGGUCUUUCAAGUUCCAAUGGACUUGGAGAAGGGAUGUUGAGGGAAUUAGGUUUGCAAAGGGGCCGGGUUUUUAUUUGUCUGUUUGUUUUGUUUUUAAACUGUUUUCCGGUGAGGGAACACAUAGUACUGGUAACGACUUAAAUUGCUUGUGACCACUGAGAAACACAGCAAUCGUAAGUAAAUAGAAAAGUUCCCCUUACCGAUUCAUUCCUGUGCUCUUGGUGUAUCUAUCCAUCGGUAAUGCUCAGUGUGGAGCUGGCGAUUGCCUUUGGGGGGGGGAGGGGCUUCCCCGAAAUUACAACUGCAUUAUAUUCCUAACCCUUCACCUUUAAUUUUCCUGCCACCAUUCUGAUCCCUCUGCACCACGUGUCUUAGAAUUAAGGAUCCAAAAGAAGAAAAAAAGUUACCAUGGUGUUGAACAAUGCAUGUUUUUUAUCCUAAAGCUCGGUACUGCCAUCUAGGAAAACCUCUAUGAUGUUUGUUCUGUUGUCCUUUUUUUUUUUUCCCUCCACCAAGAAAUUCUAAAUUUGAAUAUGCAGAGAUUGAAUAUUACCUCUGCCCCUAUCAGGGUCUUCCACCCUGGUACGUCGUAUAUAAACUGUAUUAAAACUGGGGUUUCUUACCAGUUGCUGUACUUUGUAUAUAGAAUUUUUUAUAAAUUGUAUGCUUCAGAAAAUAAUUUAUUUUUAAAAAAAGAAAUUAAAAGUUUUAAAUCUGCAUCAUUGUUGUAUCUCCCCUAUCCAAGAAAUGUAUAGAAUACAUUGGUCAUGAGGAAUCCACUCCUGCAGCCCAUCCAAGAAAUGUAUAGAAUACAUUGCUCACCAGGAACCCGCUCCCGCAGCCCAUUUUGAAAUGUGCCCUGUGUAGAAGAAUGUACAGUGUAUUUUACAGAUUUGAAGUAACGUUCUUAUUUUCAAGAGAAUUUAUGGACAUUGUAGAAAUGUAUAAAUGCAUUUCCAAACUGCCUUAAACAUUGUAUUUUUAUAGACAUCAUUUUUUUAAAUCCCGUGUUUAAAAAAAAAAAACUAUGACUUUGUGUAUUUUUGGUUGUUUUAUUAAAAAUGCACACACCAGUAAAGAGUUUAAACAGUG